GUCUGUCUGUGUGUGUGUUAAGGUUGCACCAUGUCGAGCCCAUUGAAGCUGAUCGUGAGCGCCGAUUCCAACCGUGGGGGGCGGCGCUACAUGGAGGACAUCACAGAGGUCUCCACCGAGGGCGACGGGGACGCCAUCUUCCUGGCCGUGUUCGACGGCCACGGCGGCCCCCAGGCCGCUCGAUUCGCCCGCCGCUGCCUCUGGCCCUCGAUCCGUGCCCAGCCCGGGCUGUGGGGCGCCACCGACCCCGCGGGAGUUUGCCACGCCAUCCGUGACGGCUUCCUGGCGUGCCAGCGUGCCAUGUGGGAGGAGCUGGGGGACCUCUGGAGCUACGACUUUGCGAGCGCCCAGUUUGUGGUCUCCCCCGAGCCGGACGUCAGCGCCUACAGGCUGGACCCAGGGCACCACCGCUACCUGGUGCUGGCCACCGACGGAGUCUGGGAUGUCCUCACGCCCACAGAGGCCGUGGCGCUCUGUCAUCGUGCGGACGCACAGCAGCAGCACAGCAGCAGCAGCAGCGGUGUAGACCUGACGCUGGCGCAGGCGCUGGUGGCGGAGGCGCUGUCCCGCUGGCACCGGCUCGGCACCAAGGCCGACAACGUGAGCGCCGUGGUGGCGCGGCUGUGCCCGUCGGCGGCGUCGCCGGCUCCCCGGCUCGGUGCCGACGGCGCCGCCGGCGCCGUGCUCGUUGCCGGCGGAGGAGGAAUGGUCGCUGGUGGUAGUGGUGGUGGCGCCGUCCGUGCGUCAGCCCUGGCCAGGAGUGGAACCGAGGUUCUACGAGGGCCGGGCACCGAGGAGCUACCCAGCAACAACAGCAGCAGCAGCAACAACAACAGCAACAGCAGCAGCGGCAACAGCAGCAGUGGGAAGUUCACUCCACUGCUGGCUGACCUGGGCUGCAGCCAGGAGGAGAUUCCCAGCAAGCGCAGCCGCAGGAGCGGUCCUCACGAGGGCACCGCCUCAGACUAGCACCUCAGA